CUCCCAUCUCGGCGAUCAAUGAUUAACACGGCGGCAUUUACCGAGAAAAUCUCCUUAACAACAGAACGGCAGGGACGCGGGGAAGUAAAAAUUUGAAAGCGCAAUCGAAGUCUUAGAUUUGCGUUCAUUCGACCCAUGGAUGAUUCCGCAUUUUGUCCAUUUUUGAUGGUUUUCCUUUCUUUCACACUGUCACAUUGUUCACUACUUUUCACAGCGGGGAAGACGCGUGUUGGGUCCCCACAAGGUGCCAGGCUCGCUUAUCCUCUUCUUGACGUACAAGUUUCAAGGCGUCGAAUCCAGUAAAGAAUACUUUGAGUUUCUAUCCUACCAUUUCCUUGCCUUCAUGGAGAUUUCACCACAAGACUCUAUGUCAAUCCUUUCUGCUUUGUCUUCCAGUAUCGCCCGACCUGAUCUCCACGAUAUUCUCCAGCAAUCCGUCCGUCGGAAUGCGGUAGUUGGGCAUCGCGUUUCUGAGGAAAGGUCCGAGCUGUUCUCCAAGGCGGCGUUAGACGCAGUCGCGUGUAUGUGCGUUGACAAGCCCUAUGGACAGUCUGUAGCCGUGUCCUAUUCACACCAUCCAGAUUCGGUCUACGUCUGGGUGGCUACAAACUCAACGGAUGGAAAUUCUACCCCGGAGGCACUGGAGAAAUAUAUCCGCUCUAUUUGGGAUACUCUCGCGAGUGUCCCGCAGGUCAAGGAAUUGUCAGCAAGGCUCGCGCUUCUGCUGAAGCUCGGCCAGAUAGUGUAUGGACGCUGCUUUAGGAGGAUCUAUCACCGUGUCAGCACAUUUCAUGCUGAUUUCCUUGCAGUCGUCAAGCACGCUCGUACAAUGGAUCCACCACCGAAGAAGGAGUACCUUGAUUUCUUGGAGGUGGUCCAGGAGAUCAUUAUCAUGCUUCGCGAGCUGUACAGGAUAGACAAAGUGCUACCUGACGAAACCUGGCUGUUGGUUGCCAAGCUCAUGACGUCCCUGUACACCAUCACCUCUCCUUCCUCGUUUAAAAUAUUUUUGGCUGCUGGUUUUGAAGAGUCAGAGACAUACCACAACCAGAAUGAAAGAAAGAAUAAGCAGCCAUUCAGCUUCACACAAUAUAUAAACACGUUGAUGGAACUUCAACUGCGUAUUGAUGUCCUCUUCGACAUCGCUGCCGCACCUCGAACAUGCUCCAUUUUUAAAAAGAAACUCCGAGUAAUCAUUGUCGAACCACCACCCUUCAUAGGUCCCACGCGCCAUAGCCGAGAGACCUUAUUAAGAUGUCUUUGCAGUGCCUAUGACAAUGUACAUACGAACAAGGAGACAGAGAAAGGCGAGGUGGAAAAUCGGUUGAAGGAGACCAUUCCCAAGCUCCUGGACACCUUAAUGAGUUACGAUGACGCCGCAUCUUCACAGGGACACUGCCCAGAGUCAAUUCUACUUCUACAUCAUCAUAAUCAAAACAAUGACCUAACACCAUAUCCUUAUGUCGGCACUUCUGCGCCACCGUGUUAUGGCUGUGUGGUAUUCUUCGAUGCAUACAACUCCGUCGUAACUAGGGAUAUGCGAUGGUGCACUCGACGAACUCAUCAUCAUAUACGACCAUGGUGUCUGCCUGGAAGAUUCAUCGUCCGGAACGGUGUCGAAACCGGCAGCAAGGUCACAGAUGUACGCGUCCAGCAGGGGUUCUUACAUACCGUCAAGUAUGCUGUUGGUUCUAUCGUACACCGGGCGAGUCGACCACCAUCGCCGGCCCCGCCUUUAGAGGACGGUGGUAAUGAGGGGGUGUCGUGCGCCUUGAUUCCUCCGAAGACCCAAGAGGGAGUAUCUGAAGAAUCAAAUCAAUCAAUCAAAUUGACUGUCAAAUUGCCUUCGAAGGGGAAAGAAGGGUAGUUGUCUAAUUCUGGAGCAAAAACUGUACGUCUGCUUGUUGACUUUCUCUUUAAUAAUGAUUAAUCGACGUGGAACUAGUCAUACGCUAGAACUCAUUUACUACUUUGUUUGUUGUGGACUUCGUUAGCUUAGAUUUCAGGUGAUAACAUGGAUUU